GAACCGAAUCAAACCAAAUUAAACCGAACACGCACCAUUCUCUCAGACCAUUGAUCAGACAAGUUUGUAGAUUUUGUCACUUAGGAAGAAAACAGAGAAAGGACAACAACCGCUGCUCACAAGAGUAUGAAACUUUCAAAAUCAUUCUUCUUCAGGAGUCAACGCGUGUCUAGAAUUUUCUAAUCAGAGGACGAAUGAGAGGAAACUCAAACAUCGUCAAUUUAUGGAAACGGAGGCGAAAAGUUUACAUCUUUCUCAGUGAGAUAGAUUCUCCACUCCAAAAAGAUUCAACCUUUUUCUGGAAGACGGAGGAUUGUUUGUUUAAAGGGACUUUGUAGAAGCACAUCAUCUGCUUUCUCGUCCUCUUCGGCAAAUUAUUAAACUUUGAACUCAUUUCUCAGACAUGGGUUACUAUAACAAUGUCUUUGAUGGAUGCAAUGACCAAACUGAUAUCGGUGCGGUUAUGCGUAAUGGAAGGGAAGUCAUUCUCCAGGCAUAUAACUGGGAGUCUCACAAACACAACUGGUACAAAAACUUGGACUCAAAAGUUCCAGACAUCUCAAAAUCUGGCUUCACUUCAGCAUGGCUCCCACCACCAUCUCAGUCUCUCGCACCAGAAGGUUACCUUCCACAGGACCUUUACUCGCUAAACUCAGCAUACGGCUCCGAGCACCUCUUGAAAUCCUUGCUUGGCAAGAUGAAACUGUACAAAGUCAGAGCUAUGGCUGAUAUAGUCAUCAACCAUCGCAUUGGCACUACGAGAGGACACGGUGGAAUGUAUAACCGCUACGAUGGGAGCUCGCUACCGUGGGAUGAACACGCUGUUACUUCGUGUACAGGAGGAAAAGGGAAUCGAAGCACGGGAGAUAAUUUCAAUGGAGUUCCGAAUGUUGAUCAUACACAACACUUUGUUAGGAAAGAUAUUAUCGGUUGGCUUCGUUGGUUGCGUAACACUGUGGGGUAUCAGGACUUUCGUUUUGACUUUGCUAGAGGCUAUUCAGCUCAGUAUGUGAAGGAAUACAUAGGAGCAGCGAAACCGUUGUUCUCAGUUGGUGAAUGUUGGGAUUCUUGUAACUACAAUGGUCAUGGUCUUGACUAUAAUCAAGAUAGCCAUAGACAGCGUAUAAUCAAUUGGAUUGAUGCCACGGGACAGCGUUCAGCGGCAUUUGACUUCACGACUAAAGGAAUCCUGCAGGAAGCUGUGAUGGGUCAGUAUUGGCGUUUACGUGAUGCACAAGGGAAGCCACCGGGAGUGAUGGGAUGGUGGCCUUCAAGAGCUGUCACCUUCCUUGAUAACCAUGACACUGGUUCUACUCAGGCUCACUGGCCUUUCCCUUCACACCAUAUUAUGGAGGGUUAUGCAUAUAUACUUACUCAUCCAGGCAUCCCAUGUGUGUUCUAUGAUCACUUCUAUGAUUGGGGAAGCUCGAUUCAUGACCAGAUUGUCAAACUUAUUGACGUUAGGAGGCGACAAGAUAUCCAUAGUAGGUCAACGAUCCGUAUUUUGGAAGCAAAGUCUAACUUAUACGCAGCCAUUGUUGGUGAGAAACUGUGCAUGAAGCUUGGAGACGCCUCUUGGUGUCCUUCUGGUAGAGAAUGGACUCUAGCAACAAGUGGCCAUCGCUAUGCCGUCUGGCACAAGUAAAAUCUUGUUGUGCACCUCUUUUACUUUUAAACCUUCCUCUUGGUCUCGAAGGUUCUGGCUUUCAGAGUCCAUAGAUAUAAUUCACUUUCUAUCCUGUAUCUAACUAUAAAUAAUGUGAUGUCCACCACUUGCGUCUUCAUGACGCCAUAUGUUACAAGUUAUCUACAUGUUCAAUUUAUAAAGUGAGCACUAUUUGUCGUUUGA